UUCGCUCAGUUUUGGCAGCAUCGUCAUGCCAAGAUAACAGCAACGAACCAUUAGGUAACGUGAGAAUGGUGUUGGUGAGUGGAUGGGGCUAUGGAAACUCUUGGUAGUGUGCUCAAAUACUCUAAAUGUGCUGUGUGGUUAUGUGAUGUUGCUCAGAAAGGCGUCCAAGACUGUGUAAACUAAGAGUUAUGAAGAUGCAGUAGCCUGAGACCAGUGACCAGGAACAUGACGAGGGUUCGGGAAUGGGGGCUGCAGGAUCGGCCGCUGAACACGGUCCACUUUGAGUCGCCGUCGCACACGACCACUCUGUUGUGUGGGCUCAACGCUCUGCGAACCAAGGGCCUGUUGCUGGAUGUUACUCUGGUUGCGGAUGGAGAGGCCUUUCAGGCACACCGUGUCGUUCUUGCAUCGUGCAGCGAUUAUUUCCGCGCGAUGUUCACGGACGCGAUGCGCGAGUCUCGUCAGAGUGAGAUUUGCCUCAAUGGAGUUACAGCCGCGGGCAUCAGACUCUUGCUGGACUAUGCCUACACAUCGAGGCUUGCCUUAAACCUAGCGAACAUCCAGGAUGUCUUAUCGGCUGCAAACCACGUCCAGGUGGUAGCCGUUGUUGAAGCCUGCUCCAGUUAUCUGCAGGCGCAGCUAGACUUGGAGAACUGCAUCGACAUAGCGACAAUUGCGGAAACAUAUUCCCUGUCUCAACUUCGACAGCGUGUGUACCGGUUCAUGAGCGGCCACCUUCGCGAGUUCUCCCGUUCUCCUGACUUCCAUCGCCUGGCACCCCAGCAGCUGGAAUAUCUGCUAGGCUGCGACUUCCCUGUGGAUUGUCCGGAGGGAGAGGUACUGCAGAUAGUCGUCAGGUGGCUGCUCAGUAACUCGCACGCUUUCACCGCAGGGCAGCGGCUCUCAUGCCCGCAGAGGCUACUUCGCCGUGUGCACUUCUCUGAGAUCGCGCCAUGGGACCUGGAAGCCGUGCAGCAGCAGACUUUGCUUGGACAGACUUACCAGGAUCAACACUUGUUCCAUCUGGUCCUCUCGGAGGCUUGUCGUCAGAGAAGAAUUCGCUGCGCUCUGCCAGAAGAUAGCGGCGUGGUUCCGGCGUCAAAGACGUCGCCUCUCGUCAACUCCAGGGGAAUGGAACUUGCUGUCAUCAAGGUGGGAGGUUUUGGCAUUGGAGGAAUCACCAAUGAGAUCACUUAUUUUCUGCCAAGCGUUGGGAAGUGGCGACAUCUGACGUCAAUACCGCACGUCGAGCAGUGCAAUUUUGGGACGGCAGUGCUUGAUAACGAUCUGUAUGUGGUGGGCGGUUGCUUCAACCAAUCUCUGCAGGAGAACAUCCAUCCUUUUGGUUUCCGGUACAGCCCACGCUACAACAAAUGGACCACUAUGGCACCCAUGCAGCGUGAAAGAUGUCGCUUCUCGCUGAAUGUCGUGUCAGGACGUCUGUAUGCCAUCGGUGGCGCCAGCGAGAUGGACGACGUGGAGCCAGAGAACGAAGGCGAAGUCAGCGCGUGCGAGUGCUACACGCCGGAGACUGACGGCUGGGAGAGCGUGCAGCCACUGCCGGGGUAUCGGACCCAACAUGCUGGUGCUACUUGGGGUCACUGCUUGUUUGUGUCAGGAGGGCUCGACAGGGACCUUGUUUUGGGUACGAUGUGCUGCUACAAUGCAGGGACAGACACGUGGGACCACAGAGCCCCUAUGUUGACCCCACGCGCAGAUCACGUCAUGCUCGUCGUGGGCGAUCGGUUGUAUGUCUGUGGAGGGUGGUUCGAGGAUGCGGACACUGGAAACAGAAUCCUCGUCGACACUAUUGACGUCUAUGAUGUCACAGCAGAUCGUUGGCAGAUUGUGACACGCGUCCCGACGCCAAGAUACCAUGCAGGAAUUGUGGGGGUAGACACCAAGAUAUAUUUCAUUGGUGGAUUCCAUAGUGAUGCCAUGUUUGAUCGUGCCACAGCUGUCAUUGAGUGUUAUGACCUUGAAACAGAUACUUGGACGACAGGGGAGAAGUACCCUCAAGACAUUUGGGAACAUACGUGUGUUACGUUGUACAUCCCACGGUGUCGUGAUGAUAUGGAGGUGAUGGCUGCGACACAAGGUCAGACGUAGCAGUGUGAGAAUUACGGCGAAAAAUGUGUGUUCUGUGGUUCUGCCUCUGCACGAAUGGAAGCAGUGGAUGUCAUUUGCAGUGAAUGUGCCUGGAACAGGUUGAUCACUUACUGCACAAGUUCACUCUCAGGUGGCAUUACUUGCGGAGCUUCACCUUUUUUUUUUGUGAAAGCUUUUUUAAUCAGAAAAAAACACGGUAACUAAGCAUCGCGCAGGGAGAAGUUCUUUUAUUGCCUUAAGCCAAUGAAAAAGAACAUUCUUCGAAUUUUAAUGGCAGAUGGCAGCAGCCACAUUUAUUUUUGUCAAUUACUACAGACAAUCAUAUAUUUAUCACAUCUUAAUGUACAAAGCAAAUGAAAUUUCAAUAUACACGGAUUAGUAUAACCUUUUUUCACAUUUACCAAAUGAAAUGUGGUUAUUGAAUUAUGGAAUUAUCACCAAGUGAACAAAUGUAUCUAUUUUUAUAAAAGAGAAGCAAUUUCUGUUAUUUAACGGCUCGGCCGUUGUUGAAGAUGAACGUUAGAAAUGGAAUGUUUUAUGAUAGAGUUGACAUAUGUUGUUAAUUUCUUGUUGAUGUUGUGUUUUGAGAUGAAUGGUCUUCAUUUUCUGUGAGAAAUGUAAAUUUAAUUGUUAUAUAUGCCGAAGGACAAGAAUUCUAAACAUUUUACGAGAUGGCCGUCUCCUGGGGUGUAGUGCCAUGUCUGGUGGAAGUUUGCCGACGUUUCAAAGGCAACGUACAACCCAGGAGAAGGCCAUUCUCAUAUGCCGUGAGAACCUCAAAUCCUACUCCAGAAUGUUUUUUGUCUUUCGUGUUGUUGUUUGCGUGAUUUCUUUGUACUGGCACGUACGAUCCUUUUGACAUAAAAAUGAACAUAAAAUUA